GUACUCUACCCCAGCUCUCUUCUUCCGCUCGUUGUUUCCUCGAGGUUACGAGCAGCUUUGUUUUUGUCUCGAAAAUUAGUACGAAAAGGGACCUCAGAAAUCGAAAAACUUCUAUUCCUAUAUUGAUAACGCUGGAAUAAUAGCCCAACUCUGAUAUAGGCUGGAUUUUAUUCCUUAGAGGUGGUAGAAGAGUGGAUUUAAACGAGCUAGAAAAUACAUGGCUAGUACGGACACACCGCCCGACGAAGUAGAAGAUUCUUCCUCUUCUUGUGGGCAAAGCACAAAAGCAUCAAAAGACAAUAAGAAAUGUUGCAUAGCUGGAAACAGUCUAUCACCCGACGCCUUGACUGACAGCUAUGACGACAAAUUCCUCUGCGACAACCCUGCGGAUUGUGAUCAGUGCAAUGACAACAGCUGUGACCAGGGCGAUUGUAACUGUGUCGACUGUGCAUGCAACCAUGGCAACUGUAACCAUGGGGACUCUACCCAAGACAACUGUGCAUUCACAAACGGUUAUGGCAAGGGAUCAGCCAAACGGACAAUUAGUAACUCGUCCGAUGACAAUUGCUUCCAUUUGGAGCUUGAAGAUAAAUGCGAAGAUAUUAAAAAAGAGGAGACUCCCCAACAAACUAAUGACCAGACUCCUCAGUCGACAAUUACACAGGGUUCCCUUUCAAGCCAGGACCCACAGGUGCAAAGCGAACCACAGGCAGCAAUUGAAAAUGGGGCGAAGAAAAAAGUUGAGAAGCGCCCAAGGUUUUCUCAUCAGAGUAGCUGGAAGGAUGCAGUUAAGAAGGCCUGGUCCAUGACAGAUCCCUGGGCCAAGUUCCAUAUACACGAUAACUGCGCCAUGGAGAUAGCAGUGAGACAUAGAUACAAUGCCAUCAAAAAGUCUUGGGUCAAGGAUGAGAUCCGGAUCAAAAUGGAAUCUGUGCCAUUUGACCAAGGAGCAAUGAGGGUCUGCUACAGAUUGAAAAAGUUGUCAAACUUUUCAAAACACAAUAACUGGAAACAUGCAUCCAAUUAUGUGGCCAAGAGUUACAUUGAAGAGGUGUCUAGAGACCAGUAUUUUGAAGAUGUCAGACUUCAGAUGGAUGCAAAACUUUGGGGAGAAGAGUAUAAUCGUAGAGACCCUCCCAAAAAGGUGGAUAUAUUCCAGACAUAUAUCAUUGAGUUGAAGGAGCGUACCGGUUCCCCACUUUACCACCUUGAGCACUUCAUAGAGGGCACCUACAAGAAGUACAACUCAAACUCUGGAUUUGUGCUCCGUGACGAAACCCUAAGAUGCACUCCACAGGCAUUUAGUCACUUUACGUUUGAGAGGUCUGGCCAUCAGUUGAUCGUGGUGGACAUUCAGGGUGUCGGUGACCUCUACACGGACCCCCAGAUCCACACAGCAGACAUGAAAGACUAUGGGGAGGCUAACUUCGGCCCGCAGGGCAUGGCUCUCUUCUUUAGCUCGCACAAAUGCAACAGGAUUUGUAAAACACUUGGAUUGACGGAGUUUGAUAUUAGUGCUGUAGAAGACAAGCGCAUAGACAGCGCUAUCCAAGUCAUUCAGGACUCCUCCACUGUUGUCAAAUCGAGCUUGGAAGACCAGCUGUCUCCCCGAAAGAUGUCUGCUAUCUUUGACUUGUCAGAGUAUUGCCUGGGGCAGUCUCCCCCUCCCUCCCCUGGAGCGACUGAAGUGUCCCCCCGGAGCUCAGUGUCUUCUUGCAAUGGUAACCCAAGCAUGUCGGAUUCUGAAACAUCGGAGACAGAAAGUGACACAGAUGUCUUUUUGUCCAAUAUAUCAAGCGAGGACGACGAUGACGUCAAACAGAAUUACCUGUCCGUGCAUGUGCACAAGGCGUCUAGUGUGUUUGCUGAGUCGGAACAGUUGGCACAGGCGCGUGAACAGCAGAAGGAAAAGCUCCUGAGGCAAAAAAGUGUCUCUGUCCUGGGCAAGGUUCAUCUUGAGAUGGCAAAGUAUGGUGAGAUCGGCCGCUUCACGAGCGACCGUGAGCCCGACAUGGAGUCUGCUAUGUUCCACAUGGAGAAAGCUGCUCAGUGUGGUAUCACCACAGCGCUAGUCACACUAGCAGAGAUCUACUUACAGCUACCACAUGACCUCAUGGAAAGCGCUACCGUCCAGGAGACAGAGGAGAAUACCAAUAAAGGGGUGGAAUUGAUGCUGCAGGCGGCCGAGAGGGGGGAUCGUCAGGCAAUGUUGUACAUGGCUAAGGCGUACGACACAGGCUAUGGCCUGGGGACCAACAUGAAGCGUUCGUGGAAGGAAGCAGUGAAAUGGUAUCAAAACGCGAUCGAUGUGAUCGACGAGGAUGACUUGCCAGAGAACACGCUACUCGAUGACCCAGUACACACCCUGUUGUCCCGCCAGGCGGAGCUCUACUUUACAGGCGGCCCUGAGCUGGAAAGGGACCCACAAUGCGCAGGGGAUUUGUUCUCUAGUGCAGGAGACGAGGCGAUGGCCGCCAUGAAAGGCAAACUCGCAAAUAAAUACUACACCAAGGCCGAGGAGGCCUGGGCGGAAGUUGAGGAGUAAGGCAAACUAUUGGAGGAUGGUAUGGUAAAACAGAGAAAUCCUCUUACUCGAACCCGGACAACCCUAACUCCCCGCUAACUAAAACUCAGAUAACCCUAACUCCCUGCUAACUCGAACUCUGGUAACUCGAUCUCGGAUAAUUUUACUGUUUUUCGCUCCCCUUGACCGUUCGAGUUGACAGGGUUCCGCUGUAUUCAUUAAGGUAUAUACACUUUAAAUGGAAGAGUGUAGACGAAAGACCAUAUGAGGACGGUAAAUAUUAAGGUAUAGAUUUCUAAGUCGAGAAGUGAAGAGAACAAUGUUAGGAUAUUUCAGUCCUUAUAAUGAAGCCAUACGGUUCAGUCCUACUGACAAAAACGGGGUACGGCUUUGUGAAUAGCUUUAUCUGCAAGGGUAAAAACCGUCAAUCAUUUUACUACAAGAGUGACAGGUAUCAGUCGUCUGUCUGAAUGUUUUUUUUUUUUAGUUUUUAGAUAGGAUAGCUGUUACUGUACUUAUUUUACCGUCCCAGUUGCCAGUAUUUCUUCUGGAAAAGUGGCAGCUGCCAAUUAUUUUACUGUAGGAGUGACAGCUGCCAAUUAUUUUACUGUAGGAGUGACAGCUGCCAAUUAUUUUACUGUAGGAGUGGCAGCUGCCUAUUAUUUUACUGUAGGAGUGGCAGCUGCCAAUCAGUUUACUCUGAGUGGCAGCUGCCAAUUAUUUUACUGUUGGAGUGACAGCUGCCAAUCAGUUUACUCUGAAACCCCCGAAACAGAUAUUUGCCAGUCAUUUGGCAACGUAGUUGUGACGUUAUCGAUGGUUAUAUGAAUAAGAUUCUACAUCGUAUUAAAAAAACAUUGAGUGUAAUUGAAAUCAAGCGGCCCCGAAAUAGAUAUUUGCCAGUCAUUUGGCAACGUAGUUGUGGCGUUAUCAAUGGUUAUAUGAAUAAGAUUCUACAUCGUAUAAAAAAACAUUGAGUGUAAUUGAAAUCAAGCGGCCCCGGAAUAGAUAUUUGCCAGUCAUUUGGCAACGUAGUUGUGACGUUAUCAAUGGUUAUAUUAGUAAGAUCCUACAUUGUAUCAAAAAAACUGCAAGGUUUUUACUAAAGGCCAGGAAAUGUCCUAUAGACUUUUGUAGUGAUCAGAAUGAUAAACACGAGGAAUUAUAUGGGGUUAAUGUAGAGUUGCGUAAUGUUACAUUUUAGCAUAUCGUUUUACGUUCGCGAAAUCAGUUAUGUUUUUAAAACGUUUCAGAUAUUUUAGAAUGCGCCACGUAACCUCCUGAUGAAAUACUCUCGUGUUUUUUAAAUUUUAAUUACCCGUAAACUUUAAUUACCCAGAACCUUUAUCCUCACAAUUUAUAUUCCCUAUGUACCUUGGCUACAGAGCGUCGAACGUAGGUUCGAAAGAGCCCCAGUAGUCACAUGCACAUUUGUCAUUGAUUAAUUCAAAAUUAGAAGACAAAUUGUGAGAAGUCUCGAAAAAAAACAUCCAAUGAUCUUUCAUACUUUUACCAAAUCCAAUCGAAAUUAUCUCGAAAGCAUCCCCUACAAGUCAACCGAUAGAAAUGGAUGCUUUUUCACACUGGACGCUUUGCUAGUACGACAAAAUGACAGCAGCUGACAGAGGUUUACUACACUAUUGCUCAAUCUACCCGAGAGACCAGUAAAAAAAAGGGUACAAUAAUGGCAGUGGUACAAUUGUCGGUUGGUCAUAGUUCUCUAUAAUCUAUUUAUUUUCAUUAAUAAGGCACUUAGUAACAUGGCCUGCAGUUUUAUAUCAUAACGUAUGUAUCCAUCUUUUAAGAAGACGUUAUUCCGCGAAGCGUGUACUAUGUUUUAUAGUUUGCAAAGAGUAGUUUCUUAAUUGGUCUGGCUUUAAAACAAUUAACAAUUAACGAAUCUGGAUACACUGUGCGCGAUCCUAGAAAAGAGCAAGCUUCCCACAAGGAAAAAAAAAAAUCAUAGAUGACCCCUGGGAAUCGGCAAUAAAAGACCCCACUCCACGGAAUUUCCUGUUUAAUCGUUUUGAGGGGGUGGGUAUGCAUUGAUUGUGCUUCUGGAAUAACAGGGUUUUUCCUAUGAUAAGCUUGAUGUUUUCCUUUAAAAACAUGGUACAUUUUUCGAAGGUUUGGCGUUGGUGGACAUAGGUGUGUAUGAGUUUAUAUUUUGAUACGAAAACAGUAUUGUACAUAAAUCAAAUUCAAAAGUAUUGGGCGUAUAUUUGUUUAGUUUUGAUUGCCAAACGAUGGAAUGAGGGAUAUGUUGUUUUUAAAAUUAUCAUUCUUUGAUUUCUCAUUUAUUGUACAUAUUCAAAACCGUAAUGGCAGAUCCAUAAAAUGGGUCAAAUAUGUUUAGUAAUGUAUAUAAAUAUAUAUGUUAGAUAUAUGUUAAUAUACACCUUUUAAAAAAAGGUUGCACUGGCGAAUCCAUGUGUUCUUAACCCCAGUUGUUCAUUGGUAAUUAAUACAUGGCUAAAUUCUGAAAGCUGAGAAAUUUGCUAACGCUUUUGAAGCCUGGAAUUGAGAUCAUUUUCUCAUUUAUUUGACACCUGAAACAUUUCGGGUUACAUUACUUGAAUUCUCUGAGAGCAACCUUAUUAGAAAUAGGUGUAUGUCAGUUACAUUAGUAGGAGAUUGUAGACUGUUUUGAUUUAUCUAGUAUUUAGAAUUAUUAACCGAAUAAAUCAAGACGAUUUUA